AUGUCAACUCAAAAAGGAAGCAUGGAUAGUGGAGGUUCAAGGAAACGUAUGAAACCUGAGGAAAAGAUUGGAGAUGAAGCAGAAUCGCAGAUUGUACUUGUACAGGAUGAAGGAUUUGAGAAUAACCUCGUUGGAUCUGAAGAUAUGGAACUCAAUAUUUCUCUUGUUCUCGAGAAGAUUGAGAAUUUUACUCAGAGGGUAUCUGAGCUCUUAGAAUCAGGGAAAACAAUGUUUAAGGAUCUCUGUAAUGAAUUUGAAGAGAAACUGAUUAUGAUUCACAAGGAGCAAGUUGAAAAAUGGCAGGAAGAAAUCAAAGAAUUGCGCGCACUUGAUGCUUCAAAUGAGGAAGCCGACACUCUUCUGCAAAAUGCUCGAUAUGUACUUCAGCUCAGCCGUAAUGAUUGA